AUGUCUGACCACCAGUACAAGUUCAAUGUGACUAUGACCUGCGGCGGAUGCUCUGGCGCCGUGGAGCGUGUCCUCAAAAAGCUAGAAGGCGUCAAGACCUUCGAUGUCAGCCUCGAGUCCCAGACGGUCAAUGUGACCACCGAGCCUACUCUUUCCUACGAUGAUGUGCUGGAGAAGAUUAAGAAGACUGGCAAGACUGUGAACAGCGGAGAGGCGGAUGGGGAGAGCAAGGGGGUUUAA